GCGCCAGGUGAUGUUGAAAGUGAUAUCCCAUCGAUGGCACGUCGAUAUGUAAAACUGCUACAAGAUACUCAAGAAGCUGGUCCAUAUUUCUUAUGCGGAUAUUCCUAUGGUGGACUCGUGGCGUGGGAGAUGGCCAAACAAUUACGAAGCGCUGGUUCAGAAGUUGGGGGACUCUUCCUGAUUGACGCACCUUCACCAUUAGAAAAUAAAGUUCGUCCACCAAUCGGCUCACAAGAUGAACCCCACUUAUUAUGGGAGUCCGACAUCAAUCAGCUGUUAACGGAUGUCGACAGUCGAUGGAUGGAACGGCAAGAGAACGAGGAUUCGGUCAAAACGCAGGAAUUCAAACGUCAGAUUGGCAUUCUCAUCGCAUCAAUGUACAGCUACACCGAUGACAUCACCACACCUGAAGCUAUUCAACCGUUCCCGAUACACUAUUGGCGAGCCAGAGAUUACAACGAAAAGACCAGCAAGCUGUUAUUAGAUCAUCCGUCAUUCGGCGAAGCUAAUUUUGGAUGGGACCGAUAUCAGGGUAACAUCACCUUCCAUCGUCCAGUAACUG